AUGUCUCGCCAGUCGUCCCACAGUGGCUACGAGAGCUACCAAGCCUCGCGGCCUUCCUUCUAUGUCGGCCAGCAUGACUCGCGCCGCAUCGAAGGGCUGACCGACAACCAGUACAGACGCCUGCUGGACUAUGGUUUCUCCUUUGCCACGGCCCCAAUUACCACCAAGCACUUUCGCGACCGUGUGAUUGCGCUGCAGAAGAGCUACCUCGCUAACGUCGCCGCUCGCGAUUUGACCGCCGACGAGCGCGCCAACCCGUCGUUGCCCGGCCCGACAAUACCGACGCUGACGGACGAAGACACGACUCUCUUCCCCGGUCCCAACAUCACCUCCAUCGUCGCCUACUGCAGCCCGUGGAUCGACCUCUACUCGGCUCAUCCGCUGGUGGCUAACCUCUCGCGCCAGGCGCUGAACCUUGAGGUGUCGUAUGCCAGCUUCUGCGGCGUGCGGAGCAUCGUCAUUCCCGGCCCACGUGCCGACGCCGACCCGAAACGUGUGGCGCAGUAUGGCCGCGCCAUCAAGGAGGCUCUGCGGCUGGCGGCGCAGAUCGGCAUCGUAAUCCACCUGCCCAUGUACCGCGAGCCUGGCUUGGAAGAAACGGGCGACUCGCUGUCCGGGCCGGAUGCCUACCCUGCUGGCAGCGAGGAGAUUGACAUCUACAGCGCAUGGGACACAUGGCAUUCGAUUCGGACCAUGUGUGACUACGAGCCGCGGCUGUUUGUAGCGGUUCGCGUGCCGAAGCGGCUCCCCGAAAUUGAGCUGCAGACGCGCUGGUUCGCCGAGCCGUUGCACUUCCUCACAUUCUCGGCAUCCAUCUUCCAGCAGAACCGCGCGGGAUUUCCGAGCCUCAGCCGGAACCACCAGUCGCUGGUCAACAAGUACAUGAGGCUCAAAAAUGCACCGUGGAUCCUCCUGGCAGAUUCCGGCCCCAGUGAGGAGGAGCUGACCGGCGGUGACCUUUCCCUGCCCUCGUCGCCUUCACCGUCCGGGUCCAGCGGCGCCGACUUCCCGAGCCUGGCCGAUGCGCACAACAGCACUGCCCACCAGAAUGACAGGAAGCGCAAGUCUAUACAGAACGCACAGCUGUCGUACAUCAAGCACCUCGAGCGCGAGCAGGAGCCGUACUCGGCGACGGAGACGUCGACGCUGGCCAAUUUCCAAGACUGGCUGCAGUCGCCGCUCCAGCCGCUUGCAGACAACCUUGAGUCGGCCACGUACGAGGUGUUUGAGGGCGACCCGGUCAAGUAUGACCAGUACGAAAAGGCCAUUGCGGCGGCUAUGGUUGACUGGAAGACGCUGAACCGGCCGUCAUCGGCCAUCCCCCGCCCCGGUGCGGCGGCUGUGGCACAUGGCACACCCACGAUCCCCGAGCUGGUCGUUGCUGUGGCUGGCGCCGGCCGUGGUCCGCUUGUGACUCGUGUGAUCCGUGCCAGCAAGGCCACGGGCGUGCCCAUCCAACUGUGGGCGCUCGAGAAGAACCAGAACGCCUACGUGUACCUGCUGCGCAUGAACAAGCAGGUCUGGGGCGGCAAGGUGCAUCUGAUUAAGACGGACAUGCGCGAAUGGGCAGGACCCGUCGCCGAGGGCCACGAGGCCAACAACACGCUGACCAAGGUCGACAUUCUGGUUACGGAGCUGCUCGGUUCGUUUGGCGACAACGAGCUGUCGCCCGAGUGCCUCGACGGCAUCCAGCGCCACAUUGCGCGCCCACACGGCAUCUCGAUUCCGCAGUCCUACACCGCCCAUCUCAGCCCCAUCUCGUACCCCAAGGUGUACGCGGAGCUGUCGGGCCGCUCGCCGAGCAAUGAAAACGCCUUUGAGACGCCGUACGUGGUACACCUGUUUGCGAUUGACCUCGUGUCGCAAAAGGUGCCGGGCCGUCCACGCUUCCAACAGGCGUGGGAGUUUGUGCAUCCCGUGCGUCUGCCGUUCGUUGAGGACUGGACGGCGAAGCAUGGCCACAGGAAGGUGCAGACUGGCGGUGGCGGUGCCAUGAACCUGGCCACGGGCCUCAACGAGCACAACAUGCGCCACUGCCACCUGACGUUUGUGUGCCGGCCGCGCGGUGUCAUUCAUGGCCUGGCUGGCUAUUUCGAGUCGGUGCUGUACCAGCCAGCGCCGACGGCAAACGGCAGUACGCCUGAACCCAUUGAAAUCAGCACACGGCCGGACCAGAUCGACCACAAGAGCAAGGACAUGAUUUCGUGGUUCCCCAUUUUCUUCCCUCUCAAGGAUUCCGAGAUCGAAGUCAGCAUGUGGCGCCAGACAGACGACACAAGAGUGUGGUACGAAUGGCUGGUCGAGGUGUUUGUCUGGGCCGGCCCGAGCUCGCGCGUCAAGGUUGCCGCGUCGGAACUGCACAGCAGCCGCAAUGUGGCCUGCUUGAUGUAA